AUGAGUAAAACUCAAGUAAAAUUAUAUGAAUUGUGGAGCAAAAAUAAAAAUGGAGUUUUAAUUUCAAUAUCAGAACAUGGUCGAUCAUCAUCUUCAGUAGAACCACAACGUGAUCGUGAUUCAUCUUUAUUUGUAGUAGAACCGGAAUGUGGUUCAUCAUCAUCAGUUCUUGCAGAACCACAACAUGGUUCAUCAUCAUCAGUUCUAGCAGAACCACAACAUGGUUCAUCAUCAUCUUCAGUAGCACCACAACAAAAUUCAUCUUUAUUUUUAUUAGAACCAGAACGUGAACCAGAACAUGGUUCAUCAUCAUCAUCAUCAGUAGAACCAGAACGUGGUUCAUUAUCAUCAUCUAUAACAAUAUCUUUAUCAUCAUCAUCAACGACGUUAUCAGCCAAUCCUGAUUGUGAAAUCAUUAGUGAAGGUGUUAAAAAACGAGCAUUACCAUCUGCUCGAACAAAACAUCGUUCACAAUAUUUACACGAAUGGGAAAAGAAACCUGAAGCACAUUUUAAAACUUAUAUCUACGAUGAUUUUGGUGGAAAAGAAAAUGUAUGGUUUAAUAGUGGAAUGAAAACGCUAUCCAUUGAUAAAAUCAAACAACACAAAGAAAAAAGUGAGGUGCACAAGCAGGCGGAAGAGCAGGAGAUUUUGCUUUCAUCUCGAGUACAGCCAAAUUGGCAUAUAACUAGAGAAAAAGAGGUUGGCAAACAUGAACAAGCUAUUCAACAUUUGAUGUUUGCUUGCAUUUACCUGUGUCAAGAAGAUCAUCCGUUAGCAUCGAUUGAACCUUUAUGUGUCUUAUUGGAGAAGUUAGGAGUACAAUUAUUGCCUGCACAAGUUUCAGGUGUGUCAUAUCGUAAUAGUCAUGCAGCUAUGGGAUUUAUCCAACAUAUAGCUAAUUUUCUUCACGAGGAAUUAGUUGAAAAAAUUCAAUUAAGCCCAGUCUUAGGCUGGAUGAUGGAUGAAACAACAACUCGAACUAUUGAAAAAAGUUGUAUUGUGUUUGUGCGAUAUGUUGAUAAUUUUGAACCUAAAACGGCUUAUUUUGGUUUGAUGAAUUUGGAGGGAGAUGGUACUGCAGCUAAUAUUGUUAAAUCAAUCAGCAGUUUGUGGAGAAAAGAUGAUAUAAAUCCAUUAAAAAGUUGUUGGUUAGCAACAGACAAUGCGAGUACUUUUACUGGUGUUCGAGAAGGUGUUCUAGCUAAAAUACGUCGAAAUUUUGGAUGCGAUUGGUUGGAGUUGAAUCCAUGUUUUGCACAUUCAUUUUCUUUAGUUGGAAGUUAUGCGAGUUACAAACCAAAAACUGAUCCAAAUAGUCCACCAGCUGUUGAUGAAACAAUUCUAAAUCUUGAAGCUAUAAUUAGUAGGAUAUAUGGUUAUUUUAGUCGAAGCAGUACUCGAUUAUUUAAAUUAAAGCAAUGGCAAAAUUAUUUAGAUCUUCCAGAAAUGAAAUUCAAGAAAUUAUUUGAAAUUCGAUGGUCGACUAUACAAGAUUGUAUUAGACCGAUUAUUAUAAACGUUCUACCAGGUUCCCAAUCAUUAUUAGCUUAUCUCCAAGAAGCAGCAACUGAUGUUACUUUAUCUAGUAGUGAACGUGAAUCAGCAAAAAAUUUAUUAAAAUCUAUUUUGAACGACGACUUUUUAUUAGCUCUACAUUUCCAUUAUGAUCUUCAUGAAACUGUUUUAGGUCCAUUAACCAAGAUUAUGCAAAAUGAUAAACUUUCGUAUUAUAGUUUAAUGGAAAUGCUUCAAGAAAAAACAAAAAUUUUAGAAAGUUGGACAUGUGAAUCUUCAUCAACAGUUGGUCCUGCAUUAUUCGAUUAUCUUCAAUCAACAGCUGAAGAAUCAUUUGGAAGUUUUAGAGUAACUGUUGGUGAUCGUAAAAUGCUUUUAAAUAAUUGUUUAGAACAUAUUCAUCGUCUUCUACGAGAACUAGAUAAACGAUUUACUCCAUCUAAAUUACAGGAGUGUUUGUCUAUUUUGUUUGAUCCACAAUAUUUGAUCAAAAACAAGAGAAAUAUAAGUUGUCUUGAUUAUGGAAGAUCUGAACUUGAUUUUCUUCGUCGAAAAUACAAUAAGUUUCCUAAUUUUGAUUCAAAUGUUGUUCGUAAUGAGUGGGAGUCUUUAAAGCAACCAUUGAGUGAUUUUGCAAAUACUUUUUCUACUGUUCAAUCUACACAAACGUUUUGGAAAGAUUUUAUUGCUUUAAAGAUUUCGACAAAUAGUAAUUUUCUAAGUCAACAUAAAAACAUUUUAUUAUUAUUAAAUAUAUAUUUAAUUUCACCGACUAAUUCUGCAGAAUGUGAAAGAGGUUUUUCUGCUGCUAAUCGUAUUCAAGCAACAGGCAGAUCACGUUUAAAAAUUUCAACAUUGGAUAUUUUAAUGACUAUACGAAUGCUAUUAAAAGACGACUUACGAAGUUCAAGAUGUCAAGAAGUUGUUAAUAAAUCUUUUGAGUCUUGGAAUGACUUAGAUCAUAAUCGUCGUCUUCAUCAAAUACAGCUCUUGCUUGAUACACCAGAUGAUUAUACACCUGCUAAUCAAGUUCGUUCAGUUUGCAAGCGAAAUCGAGAUUAUCUUCAAUCAGAAUUUAUUGAAAACAAAAAGAAAAAAAAAUCAAAGUAUAUCAAAUGUGCUAAUGGUUGUAAACGAGAAGUUUCUGGAACUGAUCCUAGUCAAAAUGAAGCAAUACUGUGUUGUCAUCAAAAUGAACAAUUUCAAUGGAUUGAUUUGGAAGAGAACUGUUCAAGAUGGUUAUGCAAUUAUUGUAGAAUCAAACUUGCUAUAGCAGUGGAUUCAGCAUGGUUCUGCGAUGAUCAUGUAGAUAUGCAUCAUGAAGAAGAUGAAAAUGAAAAUUUUGAUUGA